AACCAAAACAAACCUCCGUGUUGUUUGUUUGUCUUCGUCUGUUCCGCUUUUAAAACACAUUAAACCGUUUUUAAAACGUCUUAAUCUCCCCGCCUCGUCUCCUCUCGGCGGCUUCAUGGUGGUCCUCUGAAGGUGCAGCGGAAGUUUUACCGGUAAAACCUCGGUAACGGCUCGGUAGCUGCUCGGCUAGCAGGCUAGCAGGUUAGCAGCCAUGGCUCAGCAGAGGGGAGUCAACAGCCUGCAGUUCAACCAGGACCAGAGUUGUUUCUGCUGUGCGAUGGAGACAGGAGUCCGGAUCUACAACGUGGAGCCGCUGAUGGAGAAAGGCCACCUGGACCACGAGCAGGUGGGGAGCGUCGCCCAGUGCUCCAUGCUGCACCGCUCCAACCUGCUGGCCGUCGUCGGGGGCGGAGUCAAUCCCAAGUUCUCCGAAAUAUCCGUGCUGGUUUGGGACGACGCCCGAGAGUCCCGUGACCCCAAAGACAAGCUGGUUCUGGAGUUCACCUUCACCAAACCCGUCCUGGCCGUUCGCAUGAGACACGACAAGAUCAUCAUCGUCCUGAAGAACAGGAUCUACGUCUACAGUUUCCCCGACAACCCCGUGAAGCUGUUUGAGUUCGACACCAGAGACAAUCCUAAAGGUCUGUGUGACUUGUGUCCCAGUCUGGAGAAGCAGCUGCUGGUGUUUCCGGGUCAUAAGUGUGGAAGCCUUCAGCUGGUCGAUCUGUCCAACACCAAACCCGGCACGUCGUCGGCGCCGUUCACCAUCAACGCCCACCAGAGCGAGAUCGCCUGCGUGGCGCUGAACCAGCCGGGCAGCGUGGCGGCGUCGGCGUCCCGCAAAGGGACCCUGAUCCGCCUGUUUGACACCACGACCCGGGACAAGCUGGUGGAGCUGCGCAGAGGAACCGACCCGGCGACGCUCUACUGCAUCAACUUCAGCCACGACUCGUCCUUCCUCUGCGCCUCCAGCGAUAAAGGAACCGUCCACAUCUUCGCCCUCAAGGACACCAAGCUGAACCGGCGCUCGGCGCUGGCCCGGGUGGGGAAGGUGGGCCCGGUGAUCGGCCAGUACGUGGACAGCCAGUGGUCUCUGGCCAGCUUCACCGUCCCGGCCGAGUGCGCCUGCAUCUGCGCCUUCGGAAAGAACACGUCCAAGAACGUCAACUCCGUCAUCGCCAUCUGUGUGGACGGAACCUUCCAUAAAUACGUGUUCACUCCCGACGGAAACUGCAACCGAGAGGCCUUCGACGUCUAUCUGGACAUAUGCGACGACGACGACUUCUGAGGACGUUUGAACUCGAGGAAACACAAAGAACGGAAACGAACAGACUUAAAGCUUAAAGUUCUGCUCUGAGACGGAUAAACGGAAACACAGACUGUUAAAUGAAGCGUCUUAAUCGAUUGUAUGUAUGGUGUGAAUGGAAACUAUCAGCCUCGACCUCUGACCGCUCGAUGCCACAUGUUGUAUUUAUGGGACGUUACUAAUUAAACUGAAAUUAAAACCAGUUUCGCUAAGAAA